AUUGGCUGCUGGGAGUUAAAUGGGAGUGUUGGGAGCUCCUCCUUCUUCCCUUGUCUACUCAAGAGCACCGGUGGCAGCAGCUGGGGAGUGAAAAAGAGAAGGAGAGAGACAAGUAGCAGACAUCUGAAACCCACGCCAGGGAGUAAAACAGCUGUGAUAGUCACACAGAGUUACGACGUGAGUUCCUGGAAAGCUGACAAGACAAAUUGAUCGAUCAGACGUUCAGCAAAGAUGGCCUCCGCCGCUCCAUUCAGCCGCAGACAGUGGGCGUCCCAGUCACUGAGGGUCACCGCCAAGGAGAUGUCCAUCGUCUCUACCCGAGGGAAAAACAACGCCAUUGCAGAACGCUUCUCCAAGUACCAGCUGGCAGCAGAGGAGGGAAAUGCAGAGAAGAGGAAAGCGGUUGCAGAACCUCUUCCCUCCACACUGCGCAGCGGGAAUCUGAGUGUUUUAAAGAAACGCUGGGAACAACCACAACAAAAACAGCAGCUGUCCUCCAGCCACAGACCCCAACCUCAAGCCUGCAUCCCUGUUGACCAUCAGCGCCACAUCAGCCAACCAACAGGCCCCAAACCUGCACCCACAUCACAGAUUGAGAACCAGCCAGAUACCUACAAAACCACCACACGCUCACAGGACCAGGAUACUGAGCUGGAGACGCUGCUUCACUCUGAGACCAGCACCAGCCAGCUGCAUUCUACUCAACACGAGGGUCCGACCAACAUGGAGAAGCCCAGCAGAGAUUCAGAGAUGCAGGAGGGAGCAACGGCAGCUGAAGUGCCGGACUGUGAGAAGCCCAGUGUCCCCCUCAACAGCCUCAAGAUGAUGUUUGAGAAGGGAGAGAACCUGACUGACAAGGUUUCCAAAGAGCAAACAAGCAGAGGAAACAGCGGUGAUACUGCCAACAUGGACCAGCUACUAGGAGAUGGAACUCUCGCAGACUCGACUCCUCUCCGGGACAGGAUGGCCCUCUACCAAGCUGCCAUCUCCAAACAGGAAGUCCCUCCCACCUCAGUGAAUAAUGAUCAGCUGGACGGUUUCUGUGGGAAGCAGAAGGAGAACGUUCCUCCGUGCACUCUUGACCUGAGUCCAGAGCCUGAACAUAACAGCAGGAAAGUUUAUACCUCGGAGAGCAACGGCUCUGCUGCUGGUACUCCUUCAUCCUCCAGUCAGAGAGACUCCUCCCAGCCCAAGACUCCCAAAAACUUCUGUCUGCCUGUGAGGGAGACCUGUGUGUCGUGUCUGAAGACGGUGUAUCCUCUGGAGAGGCUGGUGGCCAAUCAGCACGUUUACCACAGCUCUUGCUUCCGCUGCUCACACUGCAACACCAAACUGAGUUUGGCGAACUACGCCUCCCUGCACAACAACGUCUACUGCAAGCCGCACUUCUGCCAGCUCUUCAAGGCCAAAGGCAACUACGACGAGGGCUUCGGCCACCGGCCCCACAAAGAGCUGUGGGAGAGCAAAGGGGAGAGCGGGGAGACCUCCCCACAGUCCAACACCCAGACCAAGAUCCAGAGCCCGGCCCCGGUCCCGGCCCCAGACCUGGACAGCCCCAGUGUGGAGGAUUCCCCGCUGGCUAAAGUCAACGUGCUGAUGGCCACUAUGGAGGCUCUGGGACAGGGAUCAUCAGAGAAGUCCGACAGACCCAGUGAGACCCGCAGGCUGAAAAUCUCCUGGCCGCCACGGACAGAGCCCCAAGACACGACCGACCGCAGUGAAACCACAACAACCGUGGAGGAGGGGACCCCAGGUAAGCCCAUCCGAGCCAAGUGGCCCCCAGAGGAGGACUCCCUCUCCUCACCCCAAGAGCAGACCAGAGAGACACCCUGCCUGCGCCGGACCUCCUCCCUGAAGGAGCGCAGCAUGCCCUUCUCACUGGCAGGAAAAGCUCCUGCUCCCGAGGCCAGGAAACCGAGUCCGCCACCUCCUGUGGACGACGGGGAGCUCAGUCCUGAACCCUCCAGCAUGGAGCUGCAGCACGCUGGGCGCUCCACAGACAGCCAGACUCCCACUGAGGACAGCUGCGUGGACCUCCACACCAGCUCAGGAGAGGAGGAGCAAGAGCAAGAGCAGGAGGCGGAGAUGAACACUGAAAACAUGCAGGAACAUCAUCUCACCAAAGAGGAAGACGACACCCCGGAUGAACAACCUGAGGAGGAGGAGGAGGAGGAGGACGAGGAGAGGAUGGAGGAGGAAGAAGACGAAGAAGCUGUGUUGGAAGAAGAGAUGCCGCCUCUGAAACAGGAGGAGACACCGACAGACAUCUCUUCUCCUGAAGGUGAGGUGGAGGCCAGCCGGUCGUCUAAGGAUGUGGGGUUCUGGGAUGGCGAGGAGGUGGAGCAGCAGGCGCUGACGGUGGAGGAUAUGAUCAAACGAAACCGAUACUACGAGGAUGAAGAGGAGGAAGAGGAUGUAUAGACUGACUGACUGAUAAACACGAUGACAACCAUGGACACUUGGAGGACUCCUUGCCAUUCCUUCCUCUUUUUUUAGAUGUUUUCUUCUUCUCUUCUUUAUAGAGAGUUGCUGCAGUGUCUAGAGUGAACUCUACUGAACUCUUUAUUUGUGCCUCUUUCGAACACUUUGAAAUAGUUUUUACAUGACUGUGUCGCUCUGACUGUUUUUAAAUGUACAAAAUUGAAAAUUACACCCCAUGUAACGAAUGUCUUUAGCACAGAAAUGUCCAAAUUUUAUGACACAGAGAAUUAUUUUUGUGUAAUUUUUCUAUUUUCAUUGAAUGCCUCCUAUAUCAAUUGAAACAAUUACAUUGUCUUAUUAUUUUUCAAAGAUGUGGGAUUAUAACAAUAGCAAUGUAAAUUCUUAAUGGAGUCACUUUUAAUAGGAAAGAUUAAAGAAGACGUGUUAAAACAUGCCGCUCUGUUUUAAAAAAGUUAGCCCAGCACUUUGAUCUGUUACCAUUUUCUUCGAAAUAGUGGGGUUGGUAAGUUUAUGACUGUCUGUCUAGGAAACAUCUGGGAUCUUUCUCUUCUUUCCAGCUGCCAUUCUGUAUAUACAUGUUAAACUUAAAAAAACAAAAAACAACACCUGUUACUUUUCUUUUUCCGAUUUCAAGAGUUGUAACUGGAUCUGAUGAAUGUUGUACUGUUGUUUUUUU